GCCGCGGCGUGCACAUGUGACGGACGUGUUCUCUAGCGUUUGCAAGCGGUAAAAAAAAGACUCACGUGCUCACGUAUACGUACAAACGAAUUAGCCCUAUACUUACGUACUAUCGAACCGGUUGUUUUUUUCAAAUUAAUCGUACUUCGUAAAUUCGUAGAUAAAAAAAUGUAAUUGAAAAAUUAAACGCGAUGUUACCUGUUGUUGUUGUUGUUGUUGCUGUAGUGAGAACGAGUCGGAUAUUUAUUCGCAUUUUAUUCGAUUCCCAGUGAUACAUUAUUAUAAAGUUUUUCGACGGAAAAAUUUUGUUAGUCAGAUUUUUCAAAUGACAGUUUUAAAAAACAAACGUUGUUCGAGAGACGUUUUAAUAUAUUAAAACGAAUUGCAUUUUCAAAACCUGUCAACUUGCUUUGAAUAUACAGUCUACAUAGAGUUUCCAAAGCUGUCAACAUGUUGAGUUUUUUCCUAGUGAGAAACCGAAUGGAUGUUACAUGAGAUUAUAAAUAAUUCUACCCUUCUGAAUUCGAAGGGUUGGCGCAGUCAUUCGGUCUUCGAUAAGUAGUCAUGUUCGUUCGUAUUUGGAUUAUUGGAUGGAUUGUGUUGGGCACAUCGGACGCGAUUGUGUACAAAAUUCAAACUGAAAACUCAUCCGGUCGGAAUACCGAAACACGUGAUGACACGGCGAUCGCCAAACCAGACGUGAAUCAUGGCGGGGUAUGGUCCGAGUGGUCCGAAUGGACACCUUGUUCUAGAACAUGCGGCGGCGGUGUUAGAUCGCAAAUUAGAACGUGUAUAGAAAACAGAACCGAUGUCAGCAAUAAAGUAUAUCCAGACAGUCCACGCAUCCAUAAUCACAAAAGGAAAGGCCAUAAAGUUCACAAAUGCUUGGGUAUUUCCAAAAGAAGCCACAUUUGCAAUAAAAAAGAAUGUCCUAAAGAAACGAAAGAUUUUCUAAUGAUACAAUGCGAAUAUUACAAUACAAAAUCAUUUGCUGGUCAAUAUUAUUCUUGGCAAGCUUAUUACGAUGACAAAAAUCAAUGCUCCCUGAAUUGUCGACCUUUGGGAUUCGAAUUCUACGCUCGUCUCAAUGAUACCGUCAUCGAUGGCACGUCUUGUAAAACAGCCACCGCCGAAGCUGGAGUUUGCGUCGAUGGGAAAUGUGAGUUUGUCGGUUGCGACGGCGUAAUCGGCGGUCAAAGGUACGACGUGUGUGGAGUAUGUGGUGGCGAUAAUUCAACUUGUCGAUUGAUAUCCGGACUUUUCACCAGACCGCAUCUCGUCUCCGGAUAUAAUUACAUCGCCGAGAUACCCCAGUAUGCUUGUAAUCUUUCCAUUUCCGAGGUGAAAAAGACAAAUAAUUUGAUCGCUUUAAAAUUUAGAAACGGUACUUACAUAUUGAAUGGAGAUUGGCAACAAAGUCCUACCGGAAGUUUUGAAGCAGUUGGUACGAAAUUCACUUAUGUGCGAGGAUCCAAUAAUGUCGGAGAUUCGGUCUCAGCUGCUGGACCUUUACUGCAACCUAUCGAUUUACUGUUGCUGUACAGACAGAUUAAUCCUGGUAUCAAAUAUGAAUAUAUGAUGUCCUUACAGAAUCCAUUAAGAGAGUCAACUCAGAAUUCUUUGGAUGGUUAUAAUUAUUAUAACGAGGCCGCUGAGCAAAAGAUAAACGAAGAACAAGAAAGGUAUAAAAAAUUCGUAACCGGUGAGGUGUCAGGAUAUGGAGGCGUUAGUGCCGAAUCUCAGGGUUUAAUUCGAGACGAAGAAGUCAAACCGAAAAGCAAAAAUAAAAAGAAACGAUUCGCUUGGAAAAUUACCGGAUAUACGCCGUGUUCGAAAACUUGUGGAAUGGGCACCCAGAUUCCUUUAUAUUCCUGCGUAAAAGAAAAUAACCCUCAGCAAACAGUCGCUGAAAAGAGGUGUACUGGAAUUGAGAAACCUGAAAAACAAGUACUACGUUGUAAUGCCAAACCAUGUGCUGCUGAAUGGGUUGUGAGCAACUGGAGCGAAUGCUCGGUUACUUGCGGCGAAGGAGUCGAAACCAGAGAGAUCCUUUGUAAACAAGAAAUUUCUCCUACUCUGACCGUAACAGUAGCUGAAGAAGCUUGCCUAACUACUCCCUCGCCUAAUCUACUUAGAACAAGACCCUGCUUUAGAAAAACCUGUGGUGAAAGUUCCUCGAGUUUUAAAUCGUAUUGGAAAACUGGACCUUGGGGUGUAUGUUCGUCCAAAUGUGGAACUGGAGUGAAAACUCGUUCGGUUCAGUGUGUCUCUGAUCAAGAUGAAGAAUGUCCUGAAGAUGAGAAACCUGUCGAGGAGAUGAUCUGCGAUAUGGGUCCUUGUAAUGUUCAAGGAUCUUAUUCUUGGUAUAGCACCGAAUGGACGCAGCAGUGUUCUGAAAGUUGCGGCGUUGGUACUCAAACCAGAAGAAUAUAUUGCUCUGCUGGUGCUCAACUUGAGUCGUACUGCGAUAAAAAUACGAAACCAGAAAUUACUAGAAAUUGUUCCAAUAAUGAGCAAUGCAAUGGAAGAUGGUUCUCUAGUCCUUGGUCGCAGUGCUCAAGUGAUUGUGGAUGGGGUAAGCAGUACAGAACAUCUGCAUGCUUGGCUUUUUCAAUGGAGACAAGUAAUUACACGAUUAUGACGGAUUUUCACUGUAAAGAGAAGGAUAAACCAGUUGAAGAACAAGCUUGCUUCCUAAAACCGUGUAAUUCUCAAUGGUUUUCAGGGGCUUGGUCUACUUGUUCUCGAUCUUGCGAUUCCGGUGUUCAAAGACGAGAAGUGAGAUGUUUAAAUGAAGAUUUGCAACCUGCUGUCGACUGUCAAGAGGUAGAUAAACCAUCCACAAGACGAACCUGCAAUACUCAAAAAUGCUCCAUAUACUCAAAUCACGAACCCGACAACAUAGUUGAAUCAACCACUGAAAAUAUGCCUCCAAAAAGUAUCUCAAGAUUUCCGGGUAUAAGUAAUUCAGAAUGUCAAGAUAAAUUCAACAAUUGUCAUCUGGUUGCGCAAGCUCGUCUCUGUAAUUAUAAAUAUUAUCAAGGCUUGUGCUGCGUGUCUUGUUACAGCUUUUAUCACAAUUCGGCAAAUAAUACUUCAUUAAGUAAUAAUAUUAACGCGUAAGAUCUUCAUAAAAAUAUAAACCCAUUAUAAUAGGUACAUAAUGUAUAAGUUAUUAUUGUUCUUUCAGAUGUUGCAUUUUUACUUAUUAUUUCAUUUUGUGGUAUUAUUCUCUUUUUUUUUAUUUUUUAGAUUUAUGCUUCGCGUACCUAUUUAUGUUUUUUUUAAACUACCUAUUUUAUAAGCUGAAUAAAAUGUACUUAGGUAUUCUAUGUUCCAUGCAAUGAUGUUAAAAAUUUAAAUACAUAUGGAGUACAAAAAAU